UCCUUUUGUCUACCUUCCUGUCUGCAUCUGUGUCCCUAUGUCUGUGUCUGAGCUUGGCUGUCAUUCAUCUCUACAUGUGUGCCCUGGUCCUUGUAUCUGCCCCACCCAGUGAAGGGCUGGCGGCCCCCUUUCUGCAGCCUCGCCUCCAGCCCGCGCAGCCCCGCCCCCUCCGCGGCAGCCUCUCCCGCCUGCUCCUGCGGCUGAGGCUGCUCUGCGUCUGCUGAGGAGGAGCAGCUGCCUCUGCGGCAGCCCAGCCAGACCCGGCUGCUCGGGCAGGAGCCGCAGCUGCUCGUAGGUCAGGGCCAGGUCUUCACGGCCCCAGCUCCCCGGGGUGCCGAGGUUCCGAGCGGCUGCGCAGGCAGGGCAGCAGCAUGGAGUGCCUGUUCCCCACCCCGCCUGGGGAGGCCUACAGCGGUGACCUGCAGGACGGCCUCCUGAGCCCCAACCACAGCCUGCUGCCCCCUGACCUGCUGCUCAAUGUCAGCCAUGCGGCCUUCCUGCCCCUCGGGCUCAAGGUCACCAUCGUGGGUCUCUACUUGGCUGUGUGCGUCGGGGGGCUGCUGGGGAACUGCCUCGUCAUGUAUGUCAUCCUCAGGCACACCAAGAUGAAGACAGCUACCAACAUUUACAUCUUCAACCUGGCCCUGGCAGACACCUUGGUGUUGCUGACACUGCCCUUCCAGGGCACAGACGUGCUCCUGGGCUUCUGGCCAUUCGGGAAUGCCCUGUGCAAGAUAGUCAUUGCCAUCGACUAUUACAACAUGUUCACCAGCACCUUCACGCUGACCGCCAUGAGUGUGGAUCGGUAUGUAGCCAUUUGCCAUCCCAUCCGUGCCCUCGAUGUCCGGACGUCCAGCAAGGCCCAGGCUGUCAAUGUGGCCAUCUGGGCCCUGGCCUCUGUCGUCGGCAUCCCGGUGGCCAUCAUGGGCUCGGCACAGGUCGAGGAUGAAGAGAUCGAGUGUCUGGUGGAGAUCCCCACCCCGCAGGACUACUGGGGCCCCCUGUUUGCUGUCUGCAUCUUCCUCUUCUCCUUCAUCAUCCCCGUGCUCAUCAUCUCCAUCUGCUACAGCCUCAUGAUCCGGCGGCUGCGGGGUGUCCGCCUGCUCUCCGGCUCCCGAGAGAAGGAUCGGAACCUACGGCGCAUCACGCGGCUGGUGCUGGUGGUGGUGGCGGUGUUCGUGGGCUGCUGGACGCCAGUCCAGGUCUUCGUCCUGGUCCAAGGCCUGGGAGUCCAGCCGGGCAGUGAGACGGCGGUGGCCAUCCUACGUUUCUGCACAGCCCUCGGCUACGUCAACAGCUGCCUCAACCCCAUCCUCUACGCUUUCCUAGACGAGAACUUCAAGGCCUGCUUCCGCAAGUUCUGCUGCACGUCUGCACUGCGCCGGGAGGGCCCGGGGUCUGAGCGUGUGCGCAGCACGACCAAGGAUGUGGCCCUCGCCCACAAGACCUCAGAGACGGUGCCGAGGCCUGCAUGACUAGGCGUGGACCUGCCCAUGGUGCCCGUCAGCCCGCAGAGCCCGUCCACACCCAACACGGAGCUCACCCAGGUUACUGCUCUCUAGGCUGAUGGCCACCUGACCCCCGGGCAUCACCGGACUCUGGAGCUUCUCUGUGACCCCAAGGGCCUGGGGACACCGUGGGACCACUGCUUAGGGUUGCCCCGUGGCCCCAGGCACACUGACCCACUCCUCCGGGAUGGGGUAAGGAUGUGAAAGAACUCACCAGCGAGAGAGCCUGGCCAGAGCUCACGGACACCCACGAUCCAUGGGGCUCCCUGCCUCCCCUCUGCCGCAGCCGCAGGCCCUGGCGGGCACCCCUGGAGGCGGAACAGCAGUGUGUGCAGCCUGAGGGCCCUGUGCUGUGUGCGGUCUGCGUGAGGGCAGUGGGACUGGCCCACUGGGAGCUGCUGACGUGGACUUGCCCGAGAGUCACUGGUGCCGCCUCCGGUUCCCCACGUCCACGUCCCUCCAGCCCUCAAGGAGCCCUUUCCCCAGACGCUCCUCUCCGUGGGCUGAUGCGCUGCAGCCGCGGGCCCACGUGUGCAGGCCGGCUUGGCCUGCGGGUGGGCGGGGCUAUUGCAGGCUGCUCCGUCUGCCAUUCGAAGCGGCCCUGUGUACCUGAGGGCCGCAGGAUGCUGUGUCCUCCUGGGGCUCUUCCUCUCAGUCUCUCCUUUGCUUGAAAUCAGAGGUCCCCAGCUGUGCUGCUGGGAGGACCCUGCACCCUCCGUGGGUCCGAGUGGCCUUGAAAGGGUGGCAGUGGGAUGGGUUUUGCUCUGCACCUGCAGUGACUGACCCACUGCUUCAUUUCCAAGCCUCCAGGUGUCUCUGGGGGACGCCCGAACUCCUGGUGCCAAACCAGAGGGUAGUUUCACCUUUGGAACUGGUGACGCCGG